AUAAACAGUUCCGGACUCGAGUUCCUCCCAAAUCCGCAGUUGGUUGAGCUUGAGAAUCGAGAAACGAGAUGGAAAAUUCCAGUGCACGGUCGUCUUUGGUGGCGGUGAUGUUCUUGGCGGUGGGACUGGUGCUGCCAGUCUAUUCGAAGGACGUGUUCAAGGACUGUGCCGGGGUGGAGAACACGGUGUCCUGCUUCGGGUCGAAGAUGGUGCAAAAUGGACUCAAACGUUUGGCCAGUGAAAAAUCGCUGCGAAUUGUGCCGGGGGUGGAAAUUGUUGAGGCCACACCUCAUGACAGUGACGAGGAGGCAUAUCGAUCGUUCAAUGAGAUUCAAGAAGAAGAAACGGGUGUGCUGGGACGUGUAACGCGCUAUCUGGGCAAUCAUGAACUGAAAAUCAAUCUUGGUGAAAUGAUGGGAAAGAUUGAACUCCGGAAUGUGCUACAAACGACGCUGAAAUCGUUCCAGGAUGAUAUGGUUGGUGAUAUCGAAGAAGCCCGAAAAAAGGACAAGGGCGGUCUCGGAGCCAUCCUGAUGAUGGGAGUAAUGAUGAGCAAAAUGCUAGGCGCCCUUGGAUUUGGUGGCGUAGCGAUGCUGGCAAUGAAGGCACUCGGCGUUUCGAUGAUGGCCCUGCUGCUGUCCGGCAUUCUGGGCCUGAAGAAGCUCACCGAAGGCGGUGGUGACCACAAGGGCCGCCACAAUCAGGACGUGGAUUUUCAGGUGCUGUCCGAAGAACCGGCUUCCGGGGGAAGCUACGGGACUCAUCACGAAGCAUCACACUCAGCAGACCAUCGGCGGAUAUCCAAAUUGGCCUAUCGGGGGUGGAGCGAUGAGUAUGGGCGCGUUUGAAAUUAUGCUGAUUGCCAAUGGAGUAUUGAUGAUUAUUUUGAGAUAUUAUUUAUUUUAGAGUAAUGCCGAAAAUAAUUUAUUCUAUUUACCA